AUGUCUGCACAACAAAGUAUGACUGUAGAUGAACAUAUUAAUCAACUUGUUGCUAAAGCACAAGUUGCACUUAAAGAAUAUCUUAAACCAGAAUUUACACAAGAAAAAAUAGAUUAUAUUGUAAAGAAAGCAUCAGUUGCAGCACUUGACCAACAUUGUGCACUUGCAGCAGCAGCAGUUGAAGAAACAGGAAGAGGUAUUUUUGAAGAUAAAGCUACUAAGAAUAUAUUUGCAUGUGAACAUGUUACACAUGAAAUGAGACAUGCUAAAACCGUUGGUAUUGUUAAUGUAGAUCCACUUUAUGGAAUUACAGAAAUUGCAGAACCAGUUGGAGUUGUUUGUGGAGUUACACCAGUUACUAAUCCAACAUCAACAGCUAUUUUCAAAUCACUUAUUUCAAUUAAGACAAGAAAUCCAAUUGUAUUUUCAUUCCAUCCAUCAGCACUUAAAUGUUCAAUUAUGGCAGCUAAAAUUGUUAGAGAUGCAGCUAUUGCAGCAGGAGCACCAGAAAAUUGUAUUCAAUGGAUUGAAUUUGGAGGAAUUGAAGCAUCAAAUAAAUUAAUGAAUCAUCCAGGAGUUGCAACUAUUCUUGCAACAGGAGGAAAUGCUAUGGUAAAAGCAGCAUAUUCAUCAGGAAAACCAGCACUUGGAGUAGGAGCAGGAAAUGUACCAACAUAUAUUGAAAAGACAUGUAAUAUUAAACAAGCAGCAAAUGAUGUAGUUAUGUCAAAAUCAUUUGAUAAUGGUAUGAUUUGUGCAUCAGAACAAGCAGCAAUUAUUGAUAAAGAAAUUUAUGAUCAAGUAGUUGAAGAAAUGAAAACACUUGGAGCAUAUUUCAUUAAUGAAGAAGAAAAAGCUAAGUUAGAAAAGUUUAUGUUUGGAGUUAAUGCAUAUUCAGCAGAUGUUAAUAAUGCAAGACUUAAUGCAAAAUGUCCAGGAAUGUCACCACAAUGGUUUGGAGAACAAGUUGGAAUUAAAAUACCAGAAGAUUGUAAUAUUAUUUGUGUAGUUUGUAAAGAAGUUGGACCAAAUGAACCAUUAACAAGAGAAAAAUUAUCACCAGUUCUUGCUAUUCUUAAAGCAGAAAAUACACAAGAUGGAAUUGAUAAAGCAGAAGCUAUGGUUGAAUUUAAUGGUAGAGGACAUUCAGCAGCUAUUCAUUCAAAUGAUAAAGCAGUAGUUGAAAAAUAUGCACUUACAAUGAAAGCAUGUAGAAUUUUACAUAAUACACCAUCAUCACAAGGAGGAAUUGGAUCAAUUUAUAAUUAUAUUUGGCCAUCAUUUACACUUGGAUGUGGAUCAUAUGGAGGAAAUUCAGUAUCAGCAAAUGUUACAUAUCAUAAUUUAUUAAAUAUUAAAAGACUUGCAGAUAGAAGAAAUAAUCUUCAAUGGUUUAGAGUACCACCAAAAAUAUUCUUUGAACCACAUUCAAUUAGAUAUCUUGCAGAACUUAAAGAACUUAGUAAAAUAUUUAUUGUAUCAGAUAGAAUGAUGUAUAAAUUAGGAUAUGUUGAUAGAGUUAUGGAUGUAUUAAAAAGAAGAAGUAAUGAAGUAGAAAUAGAAAUUUUCAUUGAUGUAGAACCAGAUCCAUCAAUUCAAACAGUUCAAAAAGGACUUGCUGUUAUGAAUACAUUUGGACCAGAUAAUAUUAUUGCUAUUGGAGGAGGAUCAGCUAUGGAUGCAGCUAAGAUUAUGUGGUUACUUUAUGAACAUCCAGAAGCAGAUUUCUUUGCAAUGAAACAAAAAUUCAUUGAUCUUAGAAAGAGAGCAUUUAAAUUCCCAACAAUGGGUAAAAAAGCUAGAUUAAUUUGUAUUCCAACAACAUCAGGAACAGGAUCAGAAGUUACACCAUUUGCAGUUAUUUCAGAUCAUGAAACAGGUAAGAAAUAUCCACUUGCAGAUUAUUCACUUACACCAUCAGUUGCUAUUGUAGAUCCAAUGUUUACUAUGUCACUUCCAAAGAGAGCAAUUGCAGAUACAGGACUUGAUGUAUUAGUUCAUGCAACAGAAGCAUAUGUUUCAGUUAUGGCUAAUGAAUAUACAGAUGGACUUGCUAGAGAAGCAGUUAAAUUAGUUUUUGAAAAUCUUCUUAAAUCAUAUAAUGGAGAUUUAGAAGCAAGAGAAAAAAUGCAUAAUGCAGCAACAAUUGCAGGUAUGGCAUUUGCAUCAGCAUUCCUUGGUAUGGAUCAUUCAAUGGCACAUAAAGUAGGAGCAGCAUUCCAUCUUCCACAUGGUAGAUGUGUAGCAGUAUUAUUACCACAUGUCAUUAGAUAUAAUGGACAAAAACCAAGAAAACUUGCAAUGUGGCCAAAAUAUAAUUUCUAUAAAGCUGAUCAAAGAUAUAUGGAACUUGCACAAAUGAUUGGACUUAAAUGUAAUACACCAGCAGAAGGAGUUGAAGCAUUUGCUAAAGCAUGUGAAGAAUUAAUGAAAGCUACUGAAACUAUUACAGGAUUCAAACAAGCAAAUAUUGAAGAAUCAGCAUGGAUGAGUAAAGUACCAGAAAUGGCACUUCUUGCAUUUGAAGAUCAAUGUUCACCAGCUAAUCCAAGAGUACCAAUGGUUAAGGAUAUGGAAAAGAUUCUUAAAGCUGCUUAUUAUCCAAUUGCUUGA